AUGAUAGAAUGGUUAUUUCCGCACCCGUCACAACAGGUCAACGCCAUUAAAGGUAAACACGAACUUUCUACUGAUAAACAAACUUCAGAAAAAGAAAAAAGGAAGAAAAAAAAAGAGAAAUCUUAUGACAUAAAAAUUGACUGUAAACGAUUUAUUACAGUCCAAACAAAUAAGAAAAGCUGCAAGAAUAGAAAUAAAAAGUUGGGAAUUUUUAGUUUCACUGAAUCAGACACAAGGUCAGAUAGCACUAGUGAUUCGUACAGUACAUCUUCAACUCUAGAUUCAAACGAUGAUAAAGAUGAUGAGCAUGCCCAUGAUAAAAAUGUUUUAAAAUCUAAAAAGAGAAAACGUAAAAGUAAACACAAGAAAUCAAGUAGAAAGUCUGGUAUUGCAAUGGAAUCUUCAGGCAGGAAAAGUACAAGUAUAGACUCGGAGCUUGCACGUCAGAUGCAUCAGUCAGGCCCACAGGAGCCCCAGUCUACUACAACUCAUUCACUACCAAUGCCCCCACUGUCUGCACCACUCACAUCACCUGUGACUCCAAAUUUUAACCAGCCACAGAGUAGCAAUGUAGAUACCUCACUUUUGAAAGGAUUAUUCGGUUCUAGUCCUAGCUUGAGCAUCAGUCAGGUUAGAAAUACUAACUCGAGUGCCUUUGCCUCAACGAGUGGUUCCAUUGACACUCAGUCAACAGAUACGCAAAAAGACGGAUUUGCAGCAGCGCGUGAGAAAAAAAUUGAUAAAUUAUUACAUUUAUUAUUGGAAGAUAAUUCAGAUGAUUCGGCUCGAGAAACAAUGCGAAAAAAAAUUCAGAAUUUGAAACGGAAGGCAGACAUGUUGGAAGAUGAGCAGUUCGCGAUUGAUGCUAUUCAGAAGCAGUUAAUGAUGAACAUGCCUGGUCUAUCUACAGGGGUGUCAGCAUCUAAUGCGCGGACACCCACUGUAGAUAGUGGACGGGUCCAGAAUUGCUUUGCUCAGAAUAUACCUAUACCAUACGGUGGCACAGAG